AUGAUCUGUCUCCCACCGACACUCCGUCCACGAUGGACCUGGAGAUAUAUACUCGGCGCCACGGGAGCGACAUAUCUACUAUACUGCUUUUUAUUCGCCUCGCCACUUUUCUCAUCCCGUCUACCACAAUACACGGGGCCAUAUGCGGUUGGUGCCAUCGAUCUCGAAGCGCCUGUAGCUGAGCCGCGGAGAGCGCACGAUGCCCGGUUCAAGCAUAAUGACAAACCUGCAUUCCAGGUCGAAACAGUUCUGUUCACAAUAUACUACCCGACAACCCAAGGGACUAUAUCGACGAAGCCACAUCAUCUCUGGGUGCCGCGACCGCUCGGGCUCGUCGGGGCCGGGUACGCGAGGUUCGCGCAUAUCAGCAACAUCGUGACGGAUUCACUCUUCACGUUCGGGCUCUGGGCACUCGUUGGGCGGACCGAGAUCCCCGCACAGGUCGAUGUGCCGCUGCAUGGGAGUGGAAGCGUCGUGUCGAUGUCGGUGCAGACGCCCGGCGGCACAGCUCAAUCCACUUCCACCGCGAGUGACGGUUUCCCCGUCAUGGUGUUUUCGCACGGCUUCGCCAGUUCGCGUACCCAGUACACGCAGUAUCUCGGGGAGCUGGCGAGUCGGGGAUUUGUGGUCGCCGCCCUGGAGCAUCGUGAUGGAAGUGGGCCAGGCAGUAUCAUCAUGAAGCGAGGUUCUGAGGACGAGGAUCGGGUAAUGUUUGCGCUGCGCCACCUUCAAGAUGGCUCAGGGCUUGACGCGGAGACCUUCAAGCAGGCUCAGCUUGAUUUCCGGCAGAUUGAGAUUGAAGAAACCGUGCGAGUUCUUCGACAUAUCAAUGAAGGCAAGGGCGAUCAGAUCUUCGCUGGAAAUCCGCGUGGCGAGGGAAGAGAACUGAAGCUCUGGCGAGGACGACUCGGGAUUGACAAUGCCACGAUCGGAGGACAUUCGUUUGGUGCAACACUUGCACUACAAACGCUGAAAGAUGGCCCUUCCCCUGCCCUCCCUUUCGGAGGUGCUGUGGUUCUCGACCCCGGCAAAUCCAGCGGCCGACUGAACGAUGACGUGCGUGUUCCCGCACUCGUGGUCCAUUCGAACUCGUGGUCACGGAAACGGUCCAUUUUCUUCGGCAGACCGCAUUUCGACGUCGUCAAGGAUGUCGUCCAGGGCAUCAUGGCCCGUGGCAAGGAUGCGUGGUUCUUAACGUCACUCGGAACAUCUCACCCGUCGGUGACGGACGCGCCGGUCAUCGAGCCUUUCCUGCUGAGUUGGACGACGGGCUCGACAAUCGAUGCUCACGAAGGGGUGCGUCAGUACGUUGGGGUGUCGGAGAGUUUCCUGCGGUAUCAGGUGACUGGUGAGAUGACUGGUUUGCUCGAUGAGUGUGUGACACAUCCGGAAUAUGAUGUGAAGGCAGAAGGCCGGGUUCUUUCGAGAAUCUUUCGGAAGUAUUGGCAGAUUCAUGCUGCGCCAUGCUCGGAGGCAAAGGAUGAUUGA